CUGUGUGGCGGAGCGGCGGCAGCGGCAGCACCUUUGACGUGCCCGUCCCCCACGUGACGGCCGCUCCAUUGCGGGGAGGGAGCUGAGCUGCCGCCGCUCCGGCAGAGCACGGGAGAGCCGCAGCCUCGGCGGCGGCAGCGGCAGCAGCGCCUCCGCCCGCAGUGCGUGUGUGUGCGUGUGUGUGAUGAGCGAUCGCCGCGUCCCUCCGCCCGCUGCCGGCUGACACCCACCGCGCGGGGCGCGCCAGGAGCAGCAGGAGCAGCCGAGGAGCCGCGGCCAGCGCGCAGUGACCUUGGCCCAGGAGUGCAACAUCCAAAAGCGGAUCAAAUCUGUGGGAAUGGCACAAGGAAAUAAUUAUGGGCAAAGCAGCAAUGGGGUGGCUGAUGAGUCCCCAAACAUGCUGGUGUACCGAAAGAUGGAAGAUGUCAUAGCUCGCAUGCAAGAUGAGAAAAAUGGGAUUCCUAUUCGUACAGUGAAAAGUUUUCUUUCCAAGAUUCCCAGUGUCUUUUCUGGUUCAGAUAUUGUUCAAUGGUUAACGAAGAAUUUAUCUAUAGAAGACCCAGUUGAAGCUCUGCAUUUGGGAACUCUGAUGGCAGCACAUGGCUAUUUCUUUCCAAUCUCAGACCAUGUUCUAACAUUGAAGGAUGAUGGCACCUUUUAUCGAUUCCAGACACCCUAUUUUUGGCCAUCAAAUUGUUGGGAGCCGGAAAACACAGACUAUGCUGUUUACCUCUGCAAGCGGACAAUGCAAAACAAAGCAAGGCUAGAACUAGCAGACUAUGAAGCUGAGAGUUUGGCCAGGCUACAGCGAGCUUUUGCUCGGAAAUGGGAAUUUAUUUUUAUGCAAGCUGAAGCACAAGCAAAAGUUGACAAGAAGAGAGACAAGAUAGAGAGGAAGAUUCUUGACAGUCAGGAGAGAGCAUUUUGGGAUGUGCACCGUCCGGUGCCUGGCUGUGUAAACACUACUGAAGUGGAUAUAAAAAAAUCUUCAAGAAUGAGAAAUCCACAUAAAACAAGAAAGUCUGUCUAUGGCUUACAAAAUGACAUCCGAAGUCACAGCCCUACGCACACGCCCGUGCCAGAGACUAAGCCCCCCACAGAAGAUGAGCUACACCAAGAGAUUAAGCACUGGCAAAUGCAAUUAGACAGACAUAGAUUAAAAAUGUCAAAAGUUGCAGAGAGUCUAUUAGCUUAUACAGAGCAGUAUUUGGAAUAUGAUCCUUUUCUUGUGCCCCCUGAUCCCUCAAACCCUUGGAUAUCAGAUGACACUACUUUCUGGGAACUGGAGGCAAGUAAAGAGCCAGGGCAACAGAGGGUGAAACGGUGGGGAUUUGGCAUGGAUGAAGCUUUGAAAGACCCUGUGGGAAGAGAGCAGUUUCUGAAAUUCUUGGAGUCAGAAUUCAGUUCAGAAAAUUUAAGGUUCUGGUUAGCAGUAGAAGACCUGAAGAAGAGGCCUAUCCGUGAAGUUCCUGCUCGCGUCCAAGAAAUCUGGCAAGAAUUUCUUGCUCCAGGUGCACCCAGCGCCAUCAACCUAGAUUCAAAAAGUUAUGACAAAACCACUCAGAAUGUGAAGGAACCUGGAAGAUACACAUUUGAAGAUGCACAGGAGCACAUUUACAAACUGAUGAAAAGUGAUUCUUAUCCUCGUUUUAUACGAUCCAGUGCCUACCAGGAGCUGCUACAGGCCAAGAAAAAGGCUGGAAGCCCACAUUCCUUUUUCCGAGGAGCCAGGAGCCACCUUGAACCGGGGAACUUCUGUAGUGCUUUGAGAGUAACCAUUCACAAAGACCUUACAGCUCUGAACUACAGCACGCACAAAGAACACUUUUUUUCUAACAACUACAAAAUGCUGCAAUAAGCUUUGCUCCAAUGAAACCUCUAUUAGUGGUAGUGGAGCUUGGUAUGUUAGUGACCAAGGAUUUGACUAUCAGAUAAUUGCAAUUAUAUGUUCUUUCCAGAACAACUUGCAUUAUUUAAGAAGAAAAGCAAGCUCCAAGCAAGAUAGUCUGAGGUUUUGAAAUAUUCAGAUGCAGAGCUCCAAGCUUUAGCCACUGGGGUACAGUGCAAAGUGCUGCUAAGCAGGUAAUAGGCUCAGGAUUUAUUGCAGUGGCUGAACUUACAAAUACAGAAAGUUCACAGAAAAGCCUGCUCUUGUGAACUCUCAACCAGCAUUUGCAAACUAAGAACCCAUAGAUUACUUAUAUAAUAAAUGGAUGCAUAUCUGUCCAAAUGUUUAAUAAAGAUACUAUGUGAGAAGCAUGUAACAAGUCAUUUUCCUCUGCAGUAACAAUAUAUUUUUUCUAUUGUAUACAGAACAGUAACAAUAGCAGUUUAAAUCUUUUGAAGCUUCUAUGUUCAGAAGAUGAUAUUUUGACAACAAUUAUACCCAAAAUACAGGUAUUAGAAUUGGAAUUUUCAGGCCAGAUGAGACUAAAAUUUGGUAAUGUCUGAAUUCUCUUUAACUGUUAUUGAUAUAUACGCAUCAUUUAAACAAAACCUUGAUACUGAAAAGUAAACUGAACUAUACAAUAUGAUCCAGUAAAA